AUGGAACCUGAUCCUAAUAGAUCCGGCACCGGCUCUGGCGCCAAUGCUAGUGGCACCGCCAAAAGCGACACCAUAGCAAAGAAGAAAGUCAAAAGCGAAGAUAUGUCAGACGAGGAUUUGGCGUUGAAGCAGCAACUUGAGUUGUAUGUUGAAAGAAUUCAAGAUUCCGACCCUGAGUUGCAGAAGGAUGCUCUUGAAGGCAUGAGGCUAGAAAUUAGAACUUCAACGAGCUCCAUGACUUCAGUUCCCAUGCCGAUAAAAUUUCUUCGCCCUCAUUAUGCCACUCUUAAGGCAUUUUAUGAAACAAUGGCUGAAUCAGAUUUGAAGAAAUACUUAGCAGACAUUUUGUCAGUUUUGGCCCUCACCAUGUCUGCUGAAGGAGAACGAGAAAGCCUGAAAUACAGAUUAUUUGGUUCAGAGGGGGAUAUAGGCUCAUGGGGCCAUGAGUAUGUUCGAAAUUUGGCCGGGGAAAUUGCACAGGAGUACAUGCAAAGACAAAGCGACAGGGCCCUAAUGGAUGAAUUAAUAGAACUCGUUCGACAAAUAGUUGCUUUUCAUAUGAAUUACAACUCUGAGCCUGAAGCUGUUGACCUUUUAAUUGAGGUUGAGGACCUUGACAUGUUGAAUGAAUACGUAGACACACAAAUUUUAAGAGGACUUGCCUGUAUCUCACCAGUUCAGCUAGGUAAGUGCAAACAGACCUUAGUUUAUGCAGAUUUUAAAAGAAAUCAGAGUUCAGAACAGUUAUAA